ACACUCUUUUAAAACAAAAAGCUAAUAACACCAAAAAACCUCUCCGUCGCCAUGGAUACUCUCCCAACCCUCAAAGUCCCAAAACUUCCAUCGAAAUUUGCAAACCCUGAAUUCUACCACUUCAAAAGAACAUCAUAUGCAUCACCCCCACCCCAUGUUUUCUCAACUUCCACACCCAACUUAGUUCCCAAAACCAAGUCUUUCUCACGAAAGUCUUCUCCUUCUCUAGCAUUCUCCUCCUCAGGCGCAUCACAUCCCAAACCCAAACCGUCAUCUCCAAUAUUCCAUCGAAAUCCCGCCACUGGGUAUGCGGCAGCUAUAAUAGAUGUGGCCCAGAACAGCAAUUCCCUUCACUUGGUUCAAAGGGAUGUUCAGAGGCUCUUGAAAUUGCUGAAAAAUGUUAACUUUCAAUCAGCUGUGGGUGAACCUUCAAUGGUUGAGAGGGUGGUAGAGCGUGGGAAUUUUCAUAGGCAUGUGGUUGCCUUGUUGAAGAUGCUGCUGAAGAAGAACAAGGUGGGAAUUGUGCAGGAGGUGUUGGAAGAGUUCGAGAAGAUUUAUGAUGAGCUUUGUGGAACUCAAUUGGUGUUGGUUUCAUCUAUGACAAAGAUGGGUCAAGAUGAACUGUUCGGGAUUGCCAAAAAAGUGCAGCAGUUAAGUGGGGCGAUGAGGGUGAAGGUAAGGAAUUUGGUUCAAGAGAAUUUACCCUCUUUUGCUGUGUGAUUUGGUUUCUGGAAUGCCAAAAUGCAACUUUACAAUCCAACCAAAGAUGAGAUACAAUUGAUCAUAGCUUUUUGCUUUAUUUGAUAUCAUAUAUUGGGCUGGCCGCAUGUAUUUGGACUCUAUUUUGUUGCAAAAAUUCACUAGGAUUUAUUUUGCUCUUUAAAUGCCUAAUGUAAGAGCACAGUCGAAAAAUAUUGCUCACAGUCUGGGUGCUUUCUUUGCAUUAAUUCAAUUGAAGUUAGAAUA